UUAGGGGGGAGCGAGGAGCGGGCUGGCGAAUGUGCGCAUUGCGGAGCCGGCUGGGCGGUCAAUCGUCGGAGGCGAGGCGUCCUCCGGAUGCGCACGGGCCGCGCUCGGGCUCCGCACCUGCCUCCGCCCUUUUCUCAGUCCAAGCCCGGAUGUCGGCGAAAAAGAACUUCUGCCGCUUCACCCGGCUUCAGGACGACUACCUCAUCCAGCUCGUGUCUGCACAGCCGCUCAUCUACGACCCCAGCCACCAGUACUACAAAGACCUUUCGGUCAAAGAUAAUGUCUGGAAGGAGAUAUCUCUAUCCAUUAUGAAAACCGUUGAGGAAUGCAAAGUGAGAUGGCGGUCAAUCAGAGAUCUUUACAACAGGAAGAAAAAGGAAGUACUGAAAAACCCCGGAUCUGCUAGAGCGAUAAAAUGGGAGUACAUGGACCAGCUUAGCUUUCUCGACAGGGCGGGCCAUAUAAAACAAUCCAUUUCCAAAUUUGAAGGAGAAUCACAAGAAGGAGAUAGCUACCAGGAAGACGCGAAAGAAGAAGCAGAGAGGGAUUUCGAGGAAGAUAUUUGCCUGGAGGAGUGCCCGGACAUGUUGUCUGGAGAAGGAGACGAAUUCAGACACAACCCGAUUGAACCUGAAAUUAAGAUUGUCAAGCCGAAGAGGAGGAGGAUUAACGGGCAGCUACGAUCCUCGCCUAGUUACGACUACUACGAGCCGCCGUACAUCGACCGGGACCCGAUUUCUCUGUUUUUCGCCAGCAUGGCACAGACGGUGAUGACAUUUCCGCCCACCCUUGCUGCGGAGGCAAAGGAGCGCGUUUGUCGCAUCAUAACCAGCCUCGAAUACCGGGCCCACGUAAAAAACGAUCGAUACGCGCCAUCGGAGGCUUCGAGCAAAGAAGGACACAGUCCCACGCGUCUGGACGAUUCUUAGACUUGCUCAUCACUGAUUUCAUUUCAGCUGUCUUUUUUCAAUGUUAUUUGAUGAGGCAAUUUUUAAACAUGGAAACUAUUAAUGGUCCAUGAUGAUUAUCUGGAAUUAUAAGGUUCAAUCUGUGAGUAUUUUCUCUAAUUACAUUUUAUCUUGUUCCAAUCUCUUCUAUAAAUGUAGACAUCCAAAAACACACUCAUAAAAAGUACUUUUUAUUUUUUUCAACAAGUAUCUAUUUCGGAUGCUUCCCGCUCCCCUUCAUCUGCCGUUUUUACUUACAGAAUACAAAACAAAACCAUCAAAUAUUCAAAAACAACAUGUUCCCAAUUAAUAAAAGUAACUUACGUGACUAGCAAAAAUGAAACUCUUAAGGUUAUAAUUUACACAAUAGGCCAUUGUUUUAAAUGAUCUUUCUUCUGGCGUUACGCGUCAUCAACAAGUUAACUAAUACAUUAUGUUCAUUUUUAAUCGUUUAUUUAUCCAUUAAGCUGGAGAAUCAUUCUUUGUCGUGGAUGCAGAAAGACAUCAUCAGUGUUGGUAAAACCUCCCUCACAAAAAUUGAGGGACUGUACCAUUUAAAUUAUUUUCCUAGAAAUAAGGACAAUUGAUUUAUUUUCGAGAAGUCCACACAAAACUUUGGUACUGAGAACCACCUGAUGAUAGUAAGAAUACAAAAUUCUCGGAUUUUCCUCUGCCCACGUUCAAAAAUUCUAACGGUUUAGAAUGCCAUUAAAAGCGAACUCGGAUUCAUCAGUUCAUAGGAUGUAUGGAAGAACGUUUUCUUCAGCCUCUCAAAUCAAAACUUGUGCAAAGAACGUCAGACGCCUGUCGUAAUCAGAGUCCCAAUGUCUUGGACCAUAUGAAAUCGAUACGGCUUAAAAUUGUAAGUCCGGAGUACACCUCUAACUUUAUUUUUAAAAAAUCUAAAACCUUUCCAACAUUUGGGAGAGAGGAAUUUGGAGUUUCGCGAACGUACAGUAAAAUAUCAGCUCCUCGUCCUGAAAUCCCUGGACGAGAUGAGAGCGAUACGGCUUAAAAUUGUAAGACCAGAGUACAUCUCUAAUUUUAUUUUAUUUUUU